AUGCAUAAUAAGAAAGAGUUGAUUUUGCGUGUAAAACAAAAAACCAAGGUCCCAUCCUCCGCCACCGUCGCGUCCUCCACUCCCGAUUCAACCCUAACCCUCAAUUCCCUUCCCAAUCAACCCUUCGUCAUAGGAGUUUUUGGAGGUACUGCCUCGAGCAAAACCACCGUCUGCGAUAUGAUCAUUCAACAACUCCAUGAUCACCGCGUUGUCCUCGUAAAUCAGGACUCGUUUUAUCACGGGUUGAAUCCUGAAGAGUUAGAACGUGUUCACGAGUACAAUUUCGACCACCCAGAUGCUUUUGACACGGAGCAGUUGUUAGAGUGCACAAGGAAGCUCAUCAGUGGCCAGGGCGUGCAUGUUCCCAUUUAUGACUUCAAGAAGCACCAAUGCUCUUUCUGAUAGUUUUCGCCAGGUUUUCGAUUGAGCACUUCACUGCAUGCUUUGAUUGAA